UCGUAACCGGGUCGUAACCGGGCCGGACUUCAUUCCUGACCGAAGCGGAAACAGGAAGGUUCUGUUGUAGAAAACCCGUCAGAGUUCAGUCGUCUGCAGAGACCUGAGCAAACCGACCGUCUGGGACCAGCAACUUCUGAAGCUGAAACUUUGGGCCGGUUCUGGACUUCAUCUGGAGUUCUGUUUCAGUCUCGAAACGUUCUGGUUCUGAAGAUGAUGGACCCAGAAGCCACGAAGCGCUACGUUCGGCCCAUAGAGGACGGGCAGCACCAGAACCCAGCCCAGAGCCGGAGUAAAAUCCAGGACCCCCAGGAGGAGAGAGAGAUCACCGUUCUGCCGGCCAGGAGGACGGACGCAGCUGAGGACAUGGACAAGAUGAAGAUGUCAGACUUGUCUUUGUCCUGCUGUUCAACAUGUACCAACCUGAGGGAUCGAUGUCCACGACCAAAGGGACUCAUCAACCUGCUCCUUACAAAAGCGUGUCUGUUUGCUCUGCUGUUCGGGACGGUCUGGUCCAUCACCGGACAGGAAUGUCUACCUGGAGGGAAUCUGUUUGGGAUCGUCAUCCUCUUCAUCUGCUCUGUUCUGGGAGGGAAGCUGCUGGGAAUGAUCCAGCUACCGAACCUUCCUCCCUUCCCUCCACUGCUGGGAAUGCUGCUGGCCGGUCUGCUGCUGCGUAACGUUCCCUACGUCACCAACGCUGUCUUCAUCAACACUCACUGGUCAGCAGCUCUGAGGAACAUCGCCCUGUCCAUCAUCCUGACCAGGGCCGGACUGGGCCUAGAUCCCUCGGCGCUGCGGCGGCUCAAAGCGGUGUGUGUUCGUGUGGCGGUGGGUCCCUGCAUGGUGGAGGCCUGCAUCAUUGCUGUGGUUUCUCACUUCCUGCUGAGCCUGCCCUGGGUCUGGGGCUUCAUCCUGGGCUUCGUUCUGGCGGCGGUGUCUCCAGCUGUGGUUGUUCCUUCGAUGCUGCUCCUGCAGAGGGAAGGAUACGGAGUGGAGAAGGGAAUCCCUACACUGCUCAUGGCUGCAGGGAGUUUUGACGAUAUUCUGGCCAUAACAGGAUUCUCCACCUGCCUGGGCAUCGCCUUCUCCACAGGUUCUACCUGGAUGAACAUCCUCAAAGGUCUGCUGGAGGUGGUGGGUGGGGUCCUGGCCGGCCUGAUCCUGGGUCUCUUCCUCUGCCUCUUCCCGAGCAAUGACCAGGAGGACCUGGUGCUGAGGAGGACACUCAUGUUGCUGGGUCUGUCCAUAUUUUCGGUCUUCUUCAGCCAUGUUGUUGGUUUUGCUGGAGCCGGGGGUCUCUGUACGUUGGUGCUGUCCUUCCUGGCCGCCCUGGGCUGGAAGGCAGAGAAGGCUCCAGUGGCAGCCAUGGUGGGUCAAUCCUGGGACGUUUUCCAGCCUCUCCUGUUUGGUCUGAUUGGAGCUGAGAUCCGCAUCGCGUUCCUGAGCCCCAGCACCGUGGGUCUGGGCAUGGCCUGCAUUCUCAUCGGUCUGGUGAUCCGUCUCCUCGUCACCUUCCUGCUGGUUCAUCUCGGAGGUUUCACCCUGAAGGAGAAGCUCUUCAUCGCGGUGGCCUGGCUGCCUAAAGCUACAGUGCAGGCGGCGAUCGGCUCCAAGGCGCUGGACAUGGCGAGGGAGGAGGGCGACGAGACCCUGAUCAAGUUUGGGCUGGACGUGCUAACGCUAGCCGUGCUAGCCAUUCUGACCACCGCGCCCAUCGGAGCGCUGGGAAUCGGACUGGCGGGACCGCGGCUCCUGGCCCGACUCGUCAAAGCAGGUGAGACGGAGACAGAAGCCCCGCCCACCAGUCCCAGUGGACCCGCUGAAGGAAAGAACCACGUGAUCACUGAGAGCAAAGUGUAGCGGUUCUGAUGGACCCACCGGACCAGCCUUCAGAACCGGCGCCAGCUGCACACAGCACACUCUCCUGUUUGUGUAUUUUGGACGUU